AUGGCAUCCUCUAAGUUGGCCUUGCUGCUGGUCGUGCUGUCCUGCAUUGAAAGCUGUUUGUCCGCCUCCUGCAUCGUUGACAGCUUCACAGUCAAAGACGACUUCGACCCCAAGAGGUAUGCAGGGAAGUGGUACGCACUGCAGAAGAAAGAUCCAGAGGGUCUUUUCCUACAGGACAACAUCUCUGCAGAGUACACCAUUGAUGAUGACGGCAGCAUGACCGCUUCCUCCAAGGGACGUGUCACUCUGUUUGGCUUCUGGGUUGUAUGUGCUGACAUGGCUGCCCAGUACUCUGUCCCUGACCCCUUAACCCCCGGCAAGAUGUUCAUGAACUACCAGGGACUGGCCAGCUACCUGUCCAGUGGAGGUGACAACUACUGGGUGAUCGACACAGACUAUGACAACUACGCCAUCACUUAUGCCUGCCGCACCCUGAAGGAGGAUGGCAGCUGCGAAGACGGCUAUGCCAUUGUCUUCUCCAGGAACCCCCGUGGCCUGCCCCCCGCCAUCCAGCGCAGUGUCCGUCAGAAACAGGAGGAAAUCUGCAUGGCUGGCCAGUUUCAACCUGUCUUGCAGUCUGGAGCUUGCUAA